AUGUCUCGCCAGUUUUCUGGCCAAAGCCUGGGAGGCAGCCUCGGGGGUUUCAGCUCCAGCUCUGCCCGUGUUAGUGGUAGGAACAAAGUCAGCUUCAGCACAGUGUCAUGCGGAGGAUGCACAGGCUCAGCCUGGAGUCCCAGAGGCUUUGGCAGUAGGAGCCUGCAUAACUUGGGAUGAAAUAAAAGGAUUUCCAUUGGUGGAUUUGGUGGCACUUGUGGAGGGUUUGGGGCUGGCAGCCACGUGGGUGGAGGGUUUGGCGGUGGUGCUGGGUCUGGGGGACAGUUCAGUGGUGGGCUCGGUGGUUGCUUUGGUGGUGGGGCUGGAGGAGGAUUUGGUGGUGGAUGGGAUGGCCCUGGAUUUCCUGUUUGCCCACCUGGUGGCAUCCAAGAAGUGACCAUCAACCAGAACCUCCUGACUCCUCUCAACUUGAAGAUUGACCCAGAGAUCCAGAAAGUGCGGAAAGAGGAAAGGGAGCAGAUGAAGACCCUGAACAACAAAUUUGCCUCCUUCAUUGACAAGGUCCGAUUUCUAGAACAGCAGAAUAAAGUUCUGGAGACAAAAUGGAAACUCUUGCAGGAACAGGGCCAAGGACCCAUUAAAAAGAACCUUGACCAGCUAUUUGAGGCUUAUAUCAAUGGCUUGAGAAAGCAGCUAGGUGGCCUGUUAAAUGAGAGGAGACAGCUGGAUACCGAGUGGAAGAGCUUCCAAGAUCUGGUGGAGGAUUUUAAGAACAAGUAUGAAGAGGAAAUAAACAAGAGGACAGCUGUGGAGAAUGACUUUGUGGGCCUGAAAAAGGAGAUGGAUGCUGCCUACAUGAACAAGAUGGAGCUGCAAGCGAAACUAGACUCCCUGACUGAUGAGAUCAACUUCCUGAGAUGUCUGUAUGAGGUGGAACUGUCUCAGAUGCAGCAGACCAUUUCCGACACCUCCGUGGUCCUGUCUAUGGACAACAGCCGAAACCUAGACUUGGACAGCAUCAUCCGGGAGGUCAAAGCACGGUACGAGGAGAUUGCUCAGAGGAGCCGAGAGGAGGCAGAGUCUUGCUACCAGUGCAAGUUUGAAGAGCUGCAGGUGACAGCUGGGAAACACAGAGACAGUCUACGAGACAGCAAGAGCGAGAUCUCAGAGCUUAACCGGAUGAUCCAAAGGCUGUGGGCUGAAAUAGAAAAUGUGAAGAAGCAGAUAUGGCUUUUUUUCAUGCACUGUGAAAAGCUGCAGACCUCCAUUGCUGAGGCCGAGCAGCAAGGUGAGCUGGUCCUCAAAGACGCCAAGGGCAAACUGGCUGAGCUGGAGGGUGCCCUGCAGAAGACCAAGGCAGACUUGGCGCGUCAGCUGCGGGAGUACCAGGAGCUGAUGAACAUCAAGCUGGCUCUGGAUAUCGAGAUCGCCACCUACAGGAAGCUGCUGGAAGGAGAAGUAUGCAGAAUGUCUGGAGAAUGCCAAAGUUCUGUGAGUAUCUCCAUGGUGGGUGGCAGCUUAACCUCUGGAGGUGGACUUGGAGGUGGGAUUUGCCUUGGAGUAGGAGGAGGCAGUGGUGGUGGAAUAGGUUUCAGUUCCAGAAGUGGAAGAGGUGGAUAUGCCUUAGGUGGAGGAUCCACCUCUGGAGGAGGAAACAAUGGAGGCAGGGGAGGGUACGGAUCUGGAGGCAGGUCCAGCACCAUUGCGAAAACAACCAUCACUUCCACAUCGGUGAAAUCGACAAGCAGGAGAGUCUAG